GGUGGGGGGGUGCCCACAUCCAAGAUGGCGCCCCCAGGAGCUGGGAGCGGGUGACCGGCGGCGGGGAAGCGGCCUGGGUUGGCCCUCCGAUUACGGGGACCUGGGGGCAUCUCGCCGGGUACCCCCUGGCCCGCCUGCAAGGCCUUCCCCGGCCAGAGCAAUGGCCGCCGAGAACAGCAAGCAGUUUUGGAAGAGGAGCGCCAAGCUGCCGGGGAGCAUCCAGCCUGUGUACGGAGCACAACACCCCCCUCUGGACCCUCGGCUCACCAAAAACUUCAUCAAAGAACGGUCAAAAGUCAACGCAGUUCCUUUGAAGAAUAAGAAGGCCUCCAGUUUCCAUGAGUUUGCCCGGAAUACCAGUGAUGCUUGGGACAUUGGUGAUGAUGAGGAAGAGGACUUUUCCUCCCCUUCUUUCCAAACUCUAAACUCAAAAGUUGCUCUGGCGACCGCAGCCCAAGUCCUAGAAAACCACAGCAAGCUGAGGGUGAAACCAGAACGCUCCCAGUCAACAACAUCCGAUGUUCCUGCCAGCUACAAGGUCAUAAAGUCCAGCAGUGACGCUCAGCUGUCCAGAAAUUCCAGUGACACAUGCCUGAGGAAUCCACUCCACAAACAGCAGUCACUCCCUCUCCGACCCAUCAUCCCCCUGGUUGCCCGCAUCUCGGACCAGAAUGCUUCCGGGGCGCCCCCGAUGACUGUCCGGGAGAAAACCCGCCUAGAAAAAUUCCGUCAGCUUCUCUCCAGCCACAACACUGACUUAGAUGAACUGAGGAAGUGUAGCUGGCCGGGGGUUCCCAGGGAGGUUCGACCCAUAACCUGGAGACUCCUGUCGGGCUAUCUCCCAGCAAACACCGAGAGGAGGAAGUUGACCCUGCAGCGGAAGCGGGAGGAAUAUUUUGGCUUCAUUGAGCAGUAUUAUGACUCUCGAAAUGAGGAACAUCACCAGGAUACCUACCGACAGAUUCACAUCGACAUUCCAAGGACAAAUCCUCUCAUUCCAUUGUUCCAGCAGCCGCUUGUACAGGAGAUCUUCGAAAGAAUUCUAUUUAUUUGGGCCAUCCGACACCCUGCCAGUGGGUACGUCCAGGGAAUUAAUGACCUGGUCACUCCGUUCUUUGUCGUCUUCCUCUCAGAAUAUGUGGAAGAGGACGUGGAGAACUUUGACGUGACCAAUUUGUCUCAGGACGUGCUUCGAAGCAUUGAAGCCGACAGCUUUUGGUGCAUGAGCAAGCUGUUAGAUGGGAUCCAGGAUAACUACACCUUUGCACAACCAGGGAUCCAGAAGAAGGUCAAGGCGCUGGAAGAGCUCGUCAGCCGGAUUGAUGAGCAGGUACAUAAUCACUUCAGGAGGUACGAGGUCGAAUACCUACAGUUUGCCUUUCGUUGGAUGAACAACCUGCUCAUGCGGGAGCUUCCCCUUCGCUGCACCAUCCGCCUAUGGGACACAUACCAGUCUGAACCGGAAGGGUUCUCCCACUUUCAUCUCUACGUGUGCGCAGCCUUCUUGAUCAAGUGGAGAAAAGAGAUCUUGGAUGAGGAGGACUUUCAGACUGUAGGUGUGGACGAAGGUAGAGGCAGGGAGACUGCCCAGCAGGCUGUUGGAGUCCUCCAGGGUCUCCUGAUGCUGCUACAAAACCUACCUACGAUCCAUUGGGGCAACGAAGAGAUUGGGCUACUGCUCGCCGAGGCGUACAGACUGAAGUACAUGUUUGCCGAUGCCCCCAAUCACUACCGCCGAUAGGUGCUGUCUCCCCAGGGGGGACCCAGACUGUCCCCAUCUCUGAUGGCAAUCUGAUCACUGUGGCCACUGUGCGAGCCGUGGACUCAGGCCAGGAACCACUCCUGCUGUAAAAAGCUCACAUCCGCCGCCCAGGUCUUAACUCUUUGGCGUGCCUGUCCACCACUCCAUGUCUCUGGAUAUGUUUCUUGGACCACUAUCAGUAUUCCAUGACAUGUGGAUGGGCCCAGCUCUGGGAGAGGACAGGAAAGGAGGUACAGGGUUGUCUGCCCCUUUAAAAGAAACUGGACAGAAGAAGGGGAAGGCUCAGGGUCUCAACUCACAUUGUCCCUACAUGGACGGACUGUCUCUUGCCUCCCGGCCCCAACUGAUGCCGUUGCUUUUUGUGACAUGGUUUCAUUUGAUCACAGGUCAAAAAACGCCUUAUGUUUUCAAAAGACUCCUGGCCCCUCCCCCCUCCCUCCCUCCCUGGUUCCUAGCCCUUCCCCCUCUGCCCUCGUGUGAGCCGGUGAGGGGCAGUUUUAGACUGUUGUUCUCAGAUAGAGGAGGCACUGAUGCUUAUAACUCUGGGAAGAGGCCUACACCCAAGGGCUAGGAAUUUUAGUUUUCCUUUUCUCACCAGAUGUCUGUAUGUGUGCCUGCGUUCGUGUGUGUACGUGGGUAUCCACACCCCUUGGCAUUUAGUUACGUGUCCGGAUUCAUGUGUCCAGACCAGCCCUGUCACGACCCGCUGGGAAGGGCCCCCCGGUGACCAAGUAUAUAAGCAUCCCUUGAGAAGGAUCAGGGCAGGGGGAGGGAGAAGGGGCUUUUUACCUCUCCAAACCCUUUUUCCAUGAUGACCCACUCCAAGAUAUUAUGUGUAAAUUGUGUUAUUAUGUAUAUGGGUAAAGAUGUACAAAUAUACGUCCUCUUUGUAGCAGAUAUGAUUUUAUAUUUAUAAUGUGCAUCAACAUGUGAAAGCAAUCUAGGUCACUAGCACAGAUGACGUCGCCAGGCAGGUGGGCCCAGCGCCUCCAGGUCGGUUUCUGGGCGCCCCCCUGUGAGGGAGCGGGUGGGCGUCUGCCAGAGCAAGUGGCGCUGAGCAGAUGGAGCUGCUUUGACAACCAGCGGUGGCCGUCCCCAGCAUCAGCGGCUGAGUUUUUCUGUCUCCCCCUCUCCCCACCCCUCCCCGGGUCUUUGUGGAGCGUCAGCCCCACUCCUUCCCCCUGUUGGGCAGACAGAGCCCCCCUGCCCCCCACCCCUCACCCCUAGCCACCUCCCAGAGAGCAUGUUUUCAGCCCUUCCCUUUCCCCAGGAUGCUGGGGGAGAGCUUUUGUUUUUCCGUUUUAAGUCAGCGUUGUAUUCAAGACAGAAGCUGUGACUGACUCAUCAGUGCCAAGGAAAGGGGUUUCCUGUGUCUCCCUGGGGUUGAGGGCUCUUCUCCGAGAGAAGCGUCCAGCGUCCCCCACUGUCACCACCAUACCCCACACCGCUCAUGAGAUGCGUGAGGCGUGUUUGAUUUCUAGAGUUCCAUAGUGGAGAGGCGGGGGGAUGGUGGCAAGGAGCCGUCGUCCUCUUGGGAAGCCGGUCAGUGUCCCCAGUGGGUGACGCCCUUGAGUUUCCGCCAGUGAAGCUCCACCACGCUGGCGUGUUACAUUUCUCAUCUGGAGCUGUUUCUCAGGCAUUCUUCCCAACCUUCUCCUGUUCCCCUUCAGUGUGCCUCAAUAGUCUCCUUCACAGAGCAAGAGGGCGGUGACCCUCCCUCAAGCGGACUAAUUAAAGAAAGACACUUGUGUUCCCAAGUGGUGGUUUUAUUUUUUUAGUUUUUAUGUUUGUAUGGAAAUUGUGGAUAAAGUGAAAGAACUGUAAAUAAAUAGUGUAUUUCCUCCUCCA